AGAUGCUAAAAUGGGUAAACCAGUAACAAUCCUUGCAGCACUUAAUUGAACUUUUUCUAAUCUCUCCAUGUCAGACUUAUCACAACCAUCCCAUGCUACAGAAGCGUAUUCAAGAACUGGUCUAAUAAAUGUGAUAUACUGUACAUUUUUAAUAAAUUUGUGCUACCUAGAGUAAACUUAAUCUUUUUUAAAAGUCCUAUUUUUCAUAUGCACUAUUUACUAUACUAUUAAUAUAUUGAGACCAACUUAAGUCGUUAGAAAAAAGUAAUCCAAGAUGUCUGUGGGUUGAAACAUAGUCCAGUAGGGUCUGUAAGUCUCGUCAGCUGACCAACGAGAUUUGACGAGAUUAUUAACUUCCGGGUACCUCGAGCGAUAUGGCGUUAUCGAUAUUGUAUUGGGCAAACUAUGUUGAGGGUUUAACAAAGAUUAAAAGGAAAAGUGAAGCUGCAGUUGAGUCUCAGAGGGUCCUCCGUUUAGCGUUUGACGAGUUGCAUGUCAUUACUGCCAAUGUUCAAGCAUCAAUGAGGGACACAUCAUACAAAGUUCAGAUAUUCCUUGAAUCUGAAGAUAACGGUGUGGUGGAGUCAUCAUCAUGCGAGUGUCCUAUGGGGAGGUAUAAGUGUCCUAUGGGGAAGUAUAAGUGUCAUCAUGUGGCAGCAACUCUCCUUUAUGGAUAUAAGAAGGCAAGCAAAACCGACAUAAAAUGCAGUUGGUUAAAACAUCCAAAGUCAGCACAGCCAAAGGUGACAACAACCAUGGAGGAAUUAUUUCCACCAAAACAACCAGGAUACAGCAAUGCACUGGAUUCUGUGAAAAGAACCCACAACUGAAGAUAGUCCUGUUGUCUUGAUACAAGAACUAUUUCAAAGUAAAGAUUUCUUGGAUGCUGAAUGCAAGGAAUCCUUU